AUGAUCGUUAUUGAAGGUGAUUUACCCAUGUUGUCGAAGAAUUGGACAGAAAAAAAUGAAGCCCAUCUUGUCGGUCAAAUACUGGCUGAUAAUUGUAAAGAACUCGACAGAAUAAGUUUCAAUCUAUUUUAUGGGAAGCUUCUAGAUUCACUUCGUCAAAUCCGUGGAUACUGGGAAUUAUGUGAACAAGUAGAAGAAAGAAGGAAACAAAAAUAUGAUAGGAAAAAUCCAGAUCAUGAGAAACGGUUGUGGACACUUUUGAUGCCUGACCAUGAACUUAUCGGCAGCAGAUCUAAAAAAUGGCAAGAAAUUGGUUUUCAGGGCGAUGACCCUGGCACAGAUUUUCGAGGAAUGGGUGUCCUUGCUUUGGACCAGUUAUUAUUUUUUGCACAGUACGAUGUAGCUAGCGCUCAAUUUCUUGUUCACCGUGUCUUUCAUUCAUUCAGAUUUCCUAUGGCUCUUGCUGGUAUAACACUAACCGCAAUGGCACGGAAACUUCUGAUGGAUGGAUAUUUAAAAAACCAUUUCUACAAUACCAUCAAAGGACCACCCACAAUGGACAAUUUCCACCAUGCCUACUGUGAGGUUCUUUCUUCCCACCUUUGUAAUAAGAAAUUUUAUUAG